AUGCCUUCCUUGGUUUCUGUGGUCGGGCUGGCCCUCGCAAUAGUCCCGGUGAUUGCCUCCCCAGCCAGGACCAGCUUCGAAAGCUGCUUGCGACCAAAGCUUUCAAAAUCAGCAAAGCUGAUAACUGCUCAAUCGGAUGUCAUUGUUCCUCGAUGGACUGAGUAUAAAGAGUUCAGUACUGGCCACAUUGUGAAUGUAUCUACUGAGGCAGACGUUCAAGCAUCGGUGCAAUGCGCCAAUCAAGCAGGCGUCCAGUUCUUCGCGCAGUCUGGCGGCAAUGCUUGGGCGACGACCUGGAGUCUUGGAGAAAAUGACGUGGUGAUCAAUCUUCGAAAUAUGAACAGUGUCGAGUUCAAUAUGGAGCGUACUCUUGUGAGAGUGGGGGGUGGUGCGACGGUCGCCGAAUUGACGGACGCUGCGUACGCCAAUAACGCGCAGGUCGUGACUGCCAAUUGCAAUUGUGUAGGCGCAAUGGGCGCCACGAUGGGUGCAGGAUACAGUCGUAUGAUGGGUGAGCGUGGGUUCAUGAUCGACAAUAUCGUGUCUUUUCGCGUGGUUCUGGCAUCCGGGGAGAUCGUUGAUGUAUCGUCAAAAUCCAAUCCCGAUCUGUGGUGGGCUAUGCGUGGCGCCGGUGGGAACUUCGGCAUUGUUGUUUCGUCUGUCAUGAAGGCUUAUCCCACGCCCGCGGCUCAAAAUGGUGCCUGGGUCGGUAACCUGAUUUUCAGCGAAGACAAGAUUGAAAGUGUCGUCUCCGCUGUCAAUAAUUUGACUCUGACCUCUAAGAUGGCCAUCUUCUUCUACUUCGCUAAUGGGGGUGCGCCCGACUAUACUCCGAUAUUUAUGGUUACUCCCUUCUACCUCAGCGGCGGAAACACGACUGCUGCUACUGCUGAAGCCCGCGCAGCCUUUGCGUCGAUAUUUAACUUGGAGCCUGAGGCAGAUACCACAACAUGGACACCUUAUAAUGAGGUCAACGCUGGCAGCGAGAGCUUCUGCGUCACGGGUAGUCGCAAGGUCAGCUACGGCGCGGCGCAAGGCCAACUAGACCCGACAACCUGGCGGACAAUCUACACCGAUUAUACAAACUUCCUCACAGAAAAUGGCGGAGACAACGUGGGUAGCUCGCUUGUUCUCAUGGAAGCCUACAGCCUGCAAUUUGCCGAGCAGAAGGGCGACUACAGCUCAGCUUACGCUUGGCGGUCUACAAAUCGUUUCAAUACGGUCGCCAUUGCUUGGUAUACGGACGAAAGUUUAGAUGAGACCGCUAAUCUAUGGGCGAGUCAGGUUCGUGACGACUGGCGGGCAACUAGUGGAUUAAAGUCAAACUCAACAUACAUUAACUUUGCUUUUGGUGACGAGUCACUAGAGGAUAUUUACGGUGAUAAUGUGCCCGUUCUCCAGGCUCUGAAGUCAUACUAUGACCCACAGAACAAAUUUAAUCAAUUCUUUCCCCUGCUUUAA